AUGCCUGAUGAGAAGCUAGAACUCAGCGAAAUGACCACCACGUUUAUUGAAGAGAAUCAAAAGGUUGCCCGGACCCCUAGCCAGUAUGAAAAGUUCAUCCAGCCCUGUGUGGCAGAGCUGAUCGCCAGCAUUAUCUUUGUGUUCAUUGGAAGUGUGUCAGUGAUUGAGAAUGUGGAGUCCGCUGGCAGACUGCAGCCUGCCCUGGUCCAUGGUCUUACUGUGGCAGUCUUGAUUGCUGUGUUUGCAGAAAUCAGUGGUGCACAAUUCAAUCCUGUGCUAACUGUCGCUAUUUACCUGGUUGGAGGAAUCGACCUCAUGAUGGCAAUUGCAUACGUCAUAGUUCAGAUGAUUGGGGGAUUGAUAGGAGCAGCUUUGGCAAAGAUGAUGACCUCCAGUGCCAACUUUGCAAACGCAACAGGUGCAGCCUUCACCGUAGUUAAAUCCAAUGACCAGAUUGCAGGGGCUGUCUUUGGAGAGAUAGCUAUGACCUGCUUUAUCAUUAUUGUGGUCUGCAUGGUGGCCGUGAAUGGCAAGAGCAAGACUCCACUGGCGCCAUUUUGUAUUGGCUGCACUGUCAUCGUCAAUGUUCUGGCAGGGGGUGAUGUUUCUGGCACCUGUCUGAACCCUGCUAGAGCAUUUGGACCCGCAGUCCUGGCUAACUAUUGGUCUUACCACUGGAUCUACUGGAUCGGACCAUUAGGGGGUGCCCUGCUAGCUGCAGGACUGAUGAGAUUGCUUUUGGGUGAUGAGAACAUACGUCUUUUCAUGAAGUGA